AUGACAAGCAAAUCCUUCCAGUGUGUUUUGCCGAAGACCCGGGCCGACCGCAGCACCGCCUAUCCCUCCGCCAUGGGGCUGACCGUCGCCGAUUUCAUUCGCCAGAAGCGCAUGGGCCUCAUCCCGGACGACGGAAAGACCACGAAGCCGAAGACGAAGCCACCGACGAGCAGCACGAACCGAACACCGCCAGCUGACGAGAGGAGACACAGGAACAACGACGACAACAAAGCCAGGCCAAGCAGCGACCACAGAGACGACAACAAACCUAGGCCUAAAGACGACCACAGAGACGACAAACCCAGGCCUAAAGACGACCACAGAGACGACAAACCCAGACCCAGCAACGACAGGAGAGACGACAACAAACCCGCACCUCGGUCCAAUCCCAACCAAGCCAGACCCCAAUCCAGGAACGCCGACGACAACAAACCCAGCCAGGACAAAGAAGCCAACAAGGAAAAGAAACCGAAGAAGCCAAAGAAGCCACGUGAGGAGAGAUUCGACGACUUCCUGGCUUGGCUGACGAGCGGGAGCAAGCAGGACAUGGGCAGGGCGGGUGAGCUUCUCAUAAGCGAUGACUCUGAUGAUGAUGAUUGA